AUGAGCACAAUUCCUGUUUCCUUAGAAGAUCAAUCAAAACUUUUGGAGGAAGCGUUAAAUGUUGUAAAAGUUCAAGCCUUUCAAAUGAAAAAAUGUUUGGAUAAUAAUAAACUUAUGGAUGGUUUAAAACAUUGUUCUACAAUGUUAGCAGAAUUACGCACAUCUGCCUUAACUCCCAAAAAUUAUUAUGAAUUAUAUAUGGCAAUUUUUGAUGCCCUUAGACACCUUACAACAUAUCUCAAUGACGCGCAUAUUUCAGGAAAACAUCAUCUUGCUGACUUGUAUGAAUUGGUACAAUACGCAGGAAAUAUUAUUCCACGUCUAUAUCUCAUGAUUACCGUAGGUAGUGUUUAUAUGUCGCAAAAGGAUGCACCUGUAAAGGAAAUUAUGAAAGAUAUGAUGGAGAUGUCUCGAGGAGUUCAACAUCCGACAAGAGGACUUUUUUUGAGACAUUAUCUAAGUGGAAUGACAAGAGAUUCUUUACCAAUUGGAAAUGACGACGGACCACAAGGAAAUCUUCAAGAUUCAAUAUCAUUUAUUCUUACUAAUUUUAUCGAAAUGAAUAAACUUUGGGUUCGAUUACAACAUCAGGGUCAUUCCCGAGAUCGUGAGAAACGUGAAAUGGAACGUAAAGAAUUAAGAAUUUUGGUUGGAACUAAUUUGGUUCGAUUAAGUCAAUUGGACGGUGUUGAUCUUCCAUUUUAUCAGAAUACAAUAUUACCAGCUCUUUUAGAACAAGUAAUUAAUUGUAAGGAUGUAAUUGCCCAAGAAUAUUUGAUGGAAGUCAUUAUUCAAGUAUUUCAUGACGAAUUUCAUCUUCGAACGCUUGGUUUAUACCUUUCUGCAACUGCGCAACUUAAUCAUAAAGUAAAUGUAAAGCAAAUCGUAAUAGCUCUUAUUGAUCGUCUGGCUGCUUAUGCUGCUCGUGAAGCUGAUUCUGAACCACCAGAAGUUAUAAAACGCCAAGAAGAAGAAACUGCUAGGAGGUUAGCCGAAAAAUUGAAAAGACAAAAAUUAAGUGAAUACAGUCAAAACGAGAACGAUGCUCACAAUGAAUUGGAAAUAGACGAAAAUUUAGGAAAAAAAAUAGAGAGGGAAGAAGAUUCUGUAGAUAAAAAUCAAUCACGUGAAACAGAGUCUGAUAACAUCAAACAAGAAGAAAAUAGUAAAUCAGAAGAACCUGUUAUAAAAAAAUUUAGAGGGAUUCCGGAAGAUGUUAAAUUAUUCGAAGUUUUUUGGGAUCAAAUUGUUAAUUUGGUUAAGGCUAGGCCUGAUUUAUCAAUUCAAGAUAUUACUGCAUUAUUAGUUUCAUUGGUGAAUUUGUCUUUAAGUUGCUACCCUGACAAAAUUGAUUAUGUAGAUCAAGUUAUUGAAUUUGCUAAAUCGAAAGUUUUAGAUUUUCAUGAUAGUCCCGAUCUUCACAGUUCUACUACGGCAUCUAACUUACUCAAUCUGUUACUGGCACCUAUAAACUCUUAUUCCUCUGUUCUUACGCUUCUUGCUUUGCCUAAUUAUCCAUCUUUACUUGCUGUUCAACCAUUUCAAACGCGUCGAUCUGUUGCAUAUGCAAUUCUCUCUUCAAUUCUUAAAAAAGAAACAAUAAUUGAAACACCCGAAGAUGUGGAGGGUAUUUUAGACUUGUGUAGCGUCCUUAUUAGAGAUCAAAAAGAUGCAACUUCUUCAAGCCCUUUUAGUGGUCUUACUGGUGGAAGAAUCACAAAGUCGAAUGGUAUUUCAUCAAUGAUGGAUCCGGAAGAAUUUGCUGAAGAACAAGGUUUAUUAGCAAGAAUUAUUCACUUAUUUAAAAGUGAUGAACCAGACAAUCAAUUUGUGUUGCUUUCUGCUGCACGUAAACAAUUUGGUGAAGGUGGAGAACGAAUAAGGUAUACUUUUCCUCCGCUUGUUGUAUCAGCUGUUAAGUUAGCAAGAAGAUAUAAAGCAUUAGAAGGACAGGAUGAGGGAUGGGAAAAGAAGAUUUCAUCACUUUUUCGAUUUAUUCAUCAAAUUAUCUCGAUUCUUUAUAACAAAGUCGAAUGUCCAGAUAUAUGUUUGCGUUUAUUUCUUCUGGCUGGACAAAGUGCAGAUGAAUGUGGAUUUGAAGAAAUAUGCUAUGAAUUUUUUGUUCAAGCGUUUACUAUUUAUGAAGAGUCCAUUUCAGAAUCACGAGCACAAUUCCAAGCGAUCACACUUAUUAUUGGUACUUUACAAACUACACGUGUAUUUGGACCAGAGAAUUAUGAUACAUUGAUAACAAAAUGUGCGCUACAUGGUAGUAAAUUAUUAAAGAAACCAGAUCAAUGUCGAGCAGUUUAUAUCUCAAGUCAUUUAUGGUGGGCAACUGAAAUUGAAGGGAGGAGAAGUAAAUCCACCGAGGAUUUAUACCGCGAUGGUAAAAGAGUUCUCGAGUGUUUACAAAAGGCUUUAAAAAUUGCCGAUUCUUGUAUGGAUUCUGUUACAAAUGUCGAAUUGUUUGUUGAAAUUUUAAAUCGAUACAUAUAUUAUUUUGAAAGAAAAAAUGAAGCCGUUACUGUGAAAUAUCUUAACGGUUUAAUUGAUCUAAUUAAUACAAAUCUCACAAAUAUGGACAACCCAGAUCAACAUCCACCUACAUCAGCGUCUUCAGCAAUCGUAGAGCCAGAAGGAAAUAUUUCUGAAUUUGUUGUUAGACAUUUCAGAUCAACAUUGAUACAUUUAAAUAUACGUAAAGAAGCUGUGCUUGCUGCUAAAGCUCAAGGUGAUUUAGAUCAAUCAAAAUACGACGAGAUUGAUACAAGUAUUAUACAUGGAAGAUAA